AGUCAGGUAGCUCCAUAUUUGGCAUAGGGAGAUUCACACAACUCUGCCCCUCUGGAACUGUAACUAGGGCCAAAGCGCGCACAGAGGGUUUGUGCAAUGCACACUCCCGUCCAUGGGCUCCUCUUCAACGGAGUCAACCAGUCUCUGGUUUUCAGUCCUACGGAUGAUCCGAUCAUGGGGAACCUUGGCAAUGGCACCGUCCUCCCGAACGGGAGCGAUCCUUUUGGAAGAAACGAAGAGGUCGCCAAAAUAGAGAUAGCGGUCCUCAGCAUCACCUUUGUGGUGGCUGUGAUUGGGAACGUCAGUGUCUUGCUGGCCAUGUUCAACACUAAGAAAAAGAAGUCGAGAAUGCACCUCUUCAUCCGGCACCUCAGCAUAGCUGAUCUGGUGGUCGCUUUCUUCCAGGUCCUGCCGCAGCUCUGCUGGAAGAUCACCUUUCGCUUCUACGGGCCAGAUGUCCUGUGCAGGAUAGUGAAGCACCUCCAGGUGAUGGGCAUGUUCGCCUCCACCUACAUGAUGGUGAUGAUGACCGUGGACCGUUACAUCGCCAUCUGCCAUCCUCUGAAGACCCUUCAGCAGCCCACCCAGCGGUCCUAUAUUAUGAUCAUCAGCACCUGGAUGUGUAGUCUGGUCCUCAGCAUGCCGCAGUACUUUAUCUUCUCUCUGAGUGAGAUCAAGAACGGUUCGGUUGUCUACGACUGUUGGGGCCACUUCAUAGAACCGUGGGGCGUAAAGGCGUACAUCACUUGGAUAACCGUCAGUAUAUUCGUAAUCCCAGUGUUCAUUCUGAUGAUAUGCUACGGGUUCAUCUGCCACAGCAUUUGGAAGAACAUAAAGUAUAAAACCAGAAACACACACGCGGGUGUUGCGUCUAAAAACGGUCUGAUCGGAAUUAACUCUGUUAGCAACGUUACUACUAUAUCCAGAGCGAAGUUGAGAACUGUCAAAAUGACGUUUGUGAUUGUCCUGGCUUACAUAAUAUGCUGGUCACCUUUUUUCAUCGUGCAGAUGUGGUCGGUGUGGGAUGAGAAUUUCGCAUGGGACGAAUCUGAGAACACCGCUGUCACACUGUCCGCGCUCCUCGCGAGUCUAAACAGCUGCUGUAACCCGUGGAUAUACAUGAUCUUCAGCGGGCAUCUUCUGCACGACUUUACUCUCUGUUUCCCGUGCUGUAAUAAAUUACGCUACAAGUUCAAGAAAGAGGACUCGGACAGCAGUCUCCGGAGAAAUACGGUAUUGACUAAAAUGACCAACCGAAGCCCAACGUGCAGUUCAGGCACCUGGAAAGACAGUGACAACUCCCCCUAGUUCUCCAUUCAAUCUAGUCAAGCAGAGACCUAACACAACGUGUUAAACUCACAAACACAAGCUGGUGGUUAUUUAUUGAUUGACUCUUAUUGACUUGACAAUUCUAAGACUUUCAAGGUACCACUUUAAAACGGGUGGGAUACUGACACUGAUUGAUUGAUGUGUCCCUAAAAUAGAUGAGCAUUACACCGUUGUUUUGGGAUAUAUUGUCUGGAUUGUCUGUCAGAAAAACAUCUCAAGAAUGAAGUCUUGAGAAGUCAGAGUGAUAAACCAAAAUCACAAAGUGAUAAACUAUUUCCUCUGGUAAAACAUGUUAUAAAUUGAAGAUGAUAUUUUAUGUGCCAUAUAGUCUACAGGCCAGUGUUUCAACAGGUUCCAAACCUGAUUCUCUGGAGUCUAAGACAGUUUAUAAUGGGUGAAAUACAUCAGAUCUGAAUUUGAAAAUGUAAAGUAGAAAAGAAACUGAUCAUCUGAACUAUCUAAAUACCAACAGCUAUAUCAGUUGAGUAAAAUAAUAAUAAUUUCUAAAACAUUCCACACUCCCAGGGUCCUCUUUCCAAUGCACUAAUGAUUUUCCGGUCUAGGAAUUUCUACAGCAAAGCCUAGACUAAUUCAGAAUGGGACAGAUCUCAGUGACUAAGGACCCUGGAUUGGAUCACAGGUUGCCGUCUGUGUUGGCCAUAUUUCCCCAGUGAGCCACUCUCUGUGUGAAUUAAAAAACGAAUUGGGCCUGGAUGGUUUACAAAGCAACAGAGAUGUCUGCCUGCCUGUUGGAUUUCUACACACCAGGCCAGGGGCGCAACUUUGUUUUUAGAAGUGUGUGUGUGUGUGUGUGGGGGGGGGGGAUUUUGUUUAUUUAAUCCAGUGGGAUAAACACUCAAAACAGCCUACCCGACUGAUCGGAGGCGUCCGCAUGGUCCUAAAGCACACGAGCCUCGUUUUGUA